AAAACAGACGACGCGAGGUGUGGAGAAAGUUUCGUAACGAGUGUUAGUGAGUGUACGCAGGGAAUGAGUGGUACAGUGGUUUAUAAAUGUAUGUACGUGUGUCAAUAAUGUGACAGUUUACCCGGCAAAUACACAACAACUAAGUGUCACCGUACUUUGAUUACGAUUGCAUUUCGUGACUUAGAAUGAGUGUAAUUCCAACUAGUGAGAAUGUCGUAUUUAAUGUUGAUUCAGUGUAUGAAGUCCAAGCGCAAUUCCUUGCUUAUUCUUUCGGUACUGUUUUGUUUAGUGUUUUUGCCGGUUAGCGUUCAAACAACAGAUAUUAAUACAUUUGUAGAAGAUGGUGACACGAUCAACCUCUCUCUUCUUAACUACAACAUUCUUGCUUCACCUGGAGCGAUAGUAGAUCAGUUUAUAGACAUUGCACCGUCCAGUAUCAUAGCAGUAAAUGUCACAAAUAUUCCGUCUGAUGGUGGAUUUGUAUUAUUGCAAACACACGCAUAUCAGUAUGAGAUUGUUCUGUCGUACAAUAAGGUUCUUACACCCCAUACGUAUGUGAACGGAAGCAAUAUUGGCUUGAUACGAGAAAUAAAAGGACAACCGCCUGCACAGUUCUUUGUUCAUAAUACAAAUCCUGUGAGAAACAUUACUGUUAUGGUAGCAGCACAGGCGUACAGCGAUGAAGCACCAAUACCUGGAGGAUGUAAUAUGGAGUUCAGUGUGGAGAUUGCACCGUAUCUAAGAAUAACAGAGACAGAGGCAGUUAUUAUUGUGGACAGCCAGCCACCAGGAGUGUCAACCCUGCCUAGCAGUUGUGAAUUUUCACCUCCAUCUGAAGUAUUGAUGUACCAUAUGUAUCUACCAGAAAUGGAUUUUUCAAGAGAGACAUACUUCAGAGCACUGAGAGCCAUGAUGACAGUGCAAGAUAUAAAGGAUCAUGGACUGCUGAUUGAGCCAAGUUUAAUUGGCUCCUCGUUGAGACGGACUUACAAUGCAUAUCGUGGAACUGGAACAGUAUAUGGGGCAAUUGCUACAUCAGGUUUCUCAGGUUCUGCUUAUGUUCCUGCUAUUACAUAUGGAUGUAGUGGUGAAAUAGCAAUUGACUCGUGUGAAGUAUUACAUACGGUGUUCUCAAAAGUUCUGUGUGCUACAGCUUUCUUUCUGGGUAUCUUCCAAUGCUUUUUUGGGCACAGGUUUUUUAGAACCGGAUUGUUUCUGGCAGGAUUUUUGUCUGGUGGAAUUGUGACCUACAUAAUUUUAACACUCCAAAAGUCACUCAGUACACCAGUUUUAGAGACAGUUUCUGUGCUAUUGGGCAUGCUAUUUGGAAUAGUGUGGCUGUUGUUGUGGCGUUGCUGUGGAGUACCUUUGAUAUCAAUACUUUUACCUUCCAUGACUUUUGGAUUUUUAAUUGCAUCUACCUCAAUGUAUGCAACACUGGCUGACAUCCCUGUGUUGAGGAGUGAUACAAAUUUCUGGGCUGCAUUUGUGUGUAUAAUGUUGCUAGUAGUACUUGUGGUACUUCUCUGCCCGCCACUAAUGAGCAAGAGUAACAUUAUCAGUUGUGCAGUACUAGGUGCAUAUGCCACUAUAAUUCCCAUUGAUUAUUACAUAGGCUCAAAUCUAAAAUAUGUAUUGGUGAACACGAUAAGGAGAGCAACAGUUAGUGGCUAUAAUGCUGCUGUUAUUAAUCCUCCAUUCCAGUUUCGAGAUGUCAUUCUUGUUGCGGUGUGGAUUUCAUUGACAGUGCUUGGCAGUUGUGCACAGAUAUGGCAACAGAAAGGAAAACCACCAUUCCCACCACCACCAUACAGAUCUCGUUAUGGAAGACUAAUAGAUAGAACACUUUCUAGCCAAACUCCGCUUAUGAUAGAUGCUCGUAUCCCAUAUGGUACUGUCCCAGAAACCCCAGCAUCUGCAGAGCAACGCUUCACAUUUUUGCCAAAAAUGCCUCGCAUCUCUCUGCCUAUUGGGAAACUGUGAUAUGGAGAAGACUGAUGCUCCACAUUUCUAAUUAUCUUCUUUGUUUCUCUGUGUUGACAGCAUUAAUACUUAUUCUAAGUAUGACACAAACUGUUGAAAGGAGCUCGAGUGAAAAAUGGCUUCAGUAGUAAAAGUAUAGUUUGGGGCCAGUGGUGUUUCUAAGUGUUUCAUGGAGCAACAUUGCCAAUCUGUGAACAAUAGAGAAACACUGCCAUGACUGGCACUGGCCCUGAUCUAGACUUUGGCUGGCUUCUGUUGGUUGCUCUGCACGCGAAUGGCAGUGAUGAUUAGAGCUGUAUCACUGUGGUGAUGACUGAACCUCAGUGUUUUAUUUUGUGGUAGGAUUUGCUAUGCUUUUAAAGGGUGGUGGGUGAUGCUUUGCCCUGUCUGUAACUUACGUUGUGUGUGUUGACAGCUUAUGAGAAUGUAGCAAUACCAUUCCAUUGGUCUACUGUUUCAGUUCUUAUGUAGGACCAUUUUGAAAGAUGGUGACAAUAUCUUCCUUCAGCAUUAACACUUAGUGCUUAGUCUAGAACAGCACCUUAAUCAAUGUGUGUGUGUGUGUGUGUGUGUGUGUGUGCGCGUGCACACAUUUUUUUUUUUUUUUAACAUAUGUGCUACCAGCUGUCAGACAAGUGGGUGCUAUUCUCAUGUACAAAUUUUUAGCUGUUUAACACGUUUUAUUUAAAUUAUACCAGUCACUGUGUUCAAUGUAUUAUACAUUUUAUUGAUGUUUUUGAAUUCAGUUAAAUAAAACUUUUUCAACUUUCAUGUCUCA